AUGGCCUAUGACUUGGUGAUUCUACCCAAGAGCUGGUUCUUCACUAAAGUCUAUAAGGGCAAGUUCGACACUUUGGCCGAAAUCGUUAAUACCGCCUAUGACCGACCCAAAGAUAAGUACGGAAUUAUCAAGACAAGAAGAAUCAAAGAUGCCCAAAACUUCCCUGAAGAUCUCCAGUUUUCUGAUGAAAAGGAUGUCUUUUUGACUUUGUUGCUUGGAAACCCAGUUGCGGGUUGGAAGCAAUUCCCUCGAGAUUUCAGCACGACUCCAUAUCUUUCGCAAGAAGAAUUCAGCCGUUUUGGGGAACUCACCCAAGAAACAGUCAAGGUGACACAGGCCGACGCAGACUUUGUUAUAGACAAGACGAUAGAAAGCAGGAUUUUGGCAACCGUAGGUUUCAAAACCUACGAUCGGCCUGUAAAGUCCCCCUCGGUGGUGGAGUACGAGAUGACAGCCUUCACUUCUUUUCUUCGUGGCAUAGCGCCCAAACUAUUAGACUUUGUCAUCAAUAUGAUGUUUGAAAAUCCAAAAACGCCCUUGUUUGAUUACUCAUCUGUCUCCAAAGUACAGCUUCACGCUUCAGUGAUUCGUGAUCAUGACUUGGUUCCAUACUACUCAAAGUACUGUGGAUUCGAGAGACAUGAUAUACCCGAUUUACUUAUUGAGACCAAUGCCAGCAAUUCGCCCUUAGAGGAAGGGAUUGUGGCCACAAGAGACUUUUAUCUUGCAUUCUUGCGCAGAACUAUAUACCCUAAAAAGUAA